AUGGGUGGAGCUCAUUCACAAGCGCCAGGUGAUGCCAAACUUGGAAAACUUUCAGAAAGACCAACAGCAACGGCUCGUUUGGCUGUUGAGGAGGACCCGAAGGCUUCAGGCACCACUCAGAAGACUGUCGGGAAACCUCCACCACUUCCGAGUGGGACCGCCCUAACGGUGACGCCUGGGAAGGCUGCCAACGAGUCUGGGCAUCCCGCUGCUGAGUCAUCAUCUGCAGCAGAGAUAGCUCAGGCUAAGACAGCCAGGGAAAUUGUGCGUCCCACUGCACUGUCACCCGCCACAGAGAUAGCUCAGACGAAAACCGCCAAAGAGUUUGUACGUCCCAAUGUUAUGCCAUCACCGGAAACUGAAAUCGCCCAGACGAAAACCGCCAGGGAAUUUGCGCGUCCGAAGCCUCCAUCUGCAAGAGAUGCCCUAACGAAAACUGCCAAGGAAUUUCGCCAGAAGUUGCCCUUUGCAGGGGUCGCGAAGACCCCAACAAAAGGUUCCAACAAGGCCAAGAAAACGAAACCAUUGGAAGAAGCUACUGCAAUAGAAAUAUCGGAAAAGAAGAUCGAGCGCAAGGACACUAUAGCAAAAGCAGCAGCCACGGCGGUGGAAAAAUCAGCUAAAACAGCUAAGGAAAUCAAGCCGCCCAAACCAAAACCGCAAGAUCUGCCGGAGCCGAAGAAAGAACCCUUGGCUCCAAAGCCGCCACCUAUACCUCAGACCCCUACCGAAUUCGCUCAAGCAAAACUUCCUGCUGGAACAAAAGGGGCCUUAUCAUCGGGGCCACCACCUGCCGUAGUUGCCACUAAAGCACCACCUGCAACAGGUCAGAAACCGGCAGGAACCCCGGUGGCCACUACCGCUAUAUUACAGGAAGCUCCUAGUGGAACCCAGGUAGCUCCUCAGGCUAAAGGACCGCAAGAAACCAAGGCUACAAGUCAACCGUCUGCAACUCCAGCCGUCGGUGCUAAAAAGGAACCGAAACCCUCGGUACUACAAGCUGCCAGUGGUACUCCUCCAGAAACGAAGGCAGCAACCCAGCCGUCUGCGUCCCCUGCAGUCGGUGCCAAAAAGGAACCCACGGAUAAGAAACCAACUGGUAGUACAAGCUGCCAAUGGAACCCCAGCAGAAGCGAAGGCAGCAUCCCAACCGUCUGUGACGCCAGCGGCUGGUGUUAA